UCACCCUCCAACGUGGAGUCCCACUGGGAGGGGCCGUGGGGGUGUGUGGCCUGGGGGUUUAAAUGUCUGGCUGGCCCCGGCUGGUCAGUUCGGAUAGGUGAGCCACCCGAGAGCCUGUCUUCUUGCUCCAGUUCCGGGAAGAGUCCAGUGUGGUAGGAGGCUCGGCGGCCUGUGAGCAGCCCAGGAUGUCGCUGACCCUGAAGGCUGUGGUGCUGGCACUGGCCCUGGUGGCUGUCACCGGUACUCAGGCUGAGGUCAGUGCCGACCAGGUGGCCACCGUGGUGUGGAACUACUUCAGGCAGCUGGGCGACAAUGCCAAGGAGGCGGUGGAGGAUCUCCAGAAGUCUGAUCUCCCCCAGCAGCUCAACUCCCUCUUCCAGGACAGAGCGGACGGCGUGAACGCCUACGCAGAGGAGCUGCGGCAGAAGCUGGUGCCCUUCGCCACGGGGCUGCACGAGCACCUGACCAAGGCCUCGGAGCAGCUGGAGAAGGAGAUCCAGGAGCUGAGGGAUCUGGGGAAGCAGCUACAGCCGCACGCCCAGGAGGUGAGCCAGUUGAUCAACAGCGGAGCACAGGGCCUGCAGGAGAGCCUGGGGCCCUACGCCGACCAGCUGCGCACCCAGGUCCGCACGCAGACCGAGAAGCUCCGGAGCCAGCUGAGCCCCUACGCAGAGCGCAUGGAGACGAUGCUGCGCGACCAGAAGGACAACCUGCAGGCCUCGCUGGCGCCCGUGGCCGACAAGUUCCAGGGCCUGAUCGACCAGAACGUGAAGGAGCUCAAGGGGCACCUCACGCCCUACGCCGACAACCUCAAGGGGCAGAUCGACCAGCACGUGGAGGUCCUGCGCCAAAAGCUGGCGCCCUUAGCGGAGGGCGCCGAGGAGAAUCUCAACCGCCAGUUGGAGGGCCUGGCCUUGCAGAUGAAGAAGAAGGCGGACCAGCUGAAGGAAAAGCUCCAAGCCGACGCGGAUCAGCUGGGCCGGAGCCUGACGCCCCUGGCCGAGGACGUGCGCGGCAAGCUGGCUGGCGGCGCUACGGGGCUGCACGAGUCCCUGGCCCAGCUCGGCCGCCAGCUGGACCUGAAGGUGAAGCAGUUCCGCAGCAGCGUGGAGCCCCACGGCGAGGCCUUCAACAAGAUCCUGGUGCGGCAGGUGAUGGAGCUCAACAAGAAGCUGGACCCGCGCUCGGGGGACGUGCAAGGCCACCUGAUCUUUCUGGAGAAGGAUCUGAGGGAUCAGGUGGACUCCUUCUUCAGCUCCCUGCACAACCUGGGCCUCACUCUCCCAGCGCACACUCCCUCAGAACAGCCGCUUCUGGUUGGCCAGGACCAGCCCCUGGCGCCCCCCCUCCCCGAGCAGACCCCGGAGCAGGCACCCCUGGGGGACUGAGUUGCCCCUGGUGCCCACCCCCGGCCCUGGACACCUGCCCCGCCCUGCCACCUGUCUGUCGGUCUGUCCCAAAGCAAUUCCCUUAUGAGUUUGAGGACACAUGUCCUGUGGAAAAUGACGCUACCUCUCGCUACUCAAUAAAACUGCUAAGAAACUAGCCCA